CUAAAUAACAUGUUGGGUAUAUUCACUCAAGUGAGUAUUUAUUAAUGUAUAAAAACUCUUUAAGUACCAAGUGAACAAGGAACCUUGGUAUGGUACUAGUAAGUUAAAAACAAAAAGAGUAUGGGGCAAAAAAGUUAGAAAUUUAUCGGUGUGUUUAAUAGAGUGGUGCAGCUGGUUAUCCAUUCCUGCAGGCUGAAGCAACACGCACACUUGCAUACAUAUACAUAGUUAUCUAGGGUUCAGCCUGUUGGGGGGUUAAGGGUGGGGGAUUCUUGUGCAGAAAAUGGAGACCUCACUUCGCUAUGGAGUGGAUUCCAAGAGUCUGGUCAUUCAUGCCAAGGAGAAAUUCCCCCUCACCACUUUCACCCACUUGCAGGGUCAUGCAGAACUAGACACCAAAAUUGGAGCUCCAACUUAUCUCAGUGCUAUGAUAAGGCAAUACUUUCCUGAUCAAUUUGCCAGCCUUGCUGUUGGAGUGCAGUAUUUUAGGCGUCAAAAGCUCUGGUAUAAUGUUCGUGGUAAAAAGGCAUUUCCAGUGACAGCAGAUAAUUCAGUGAACUUUCAUAUCAAGGGCAAGUACGAUGUGGACGAAAAACUUCUAGAGAAAAAAACAAGUGGUGCUGCUGAAUUUACUUGGAAUGUCAUGGAUGUGAAAAAAGAUCAAGAUGUGAGGUUCAAGGUUGGAUAUGAAGUCAUUGAAAAGGUUCCUUACUUUCAGAUUAGAGAAAACAACUGGACUCUCAAUGUAAACAGCAAUGGCAAGUGGAAAGUAAGAUAUGAUUUAUGAGAUUACUGAUGGACGCGAGAGUGGAUUAUAAUUGCUAGAAAUAGAAAAGCCAUCAUCUGUGUUUUGUUACACAUUCUCUCUAGUUAAUCGCUCCAGCAUGAUUCCGAAUUGGCUUUCAAAGAUAAGACACACCCCUCCUCAUUCUCUUGUAUUCAACCUAAGUUUUAUUUAACUGUAACAUCGAAUUGCAAUUUGAUAGUAAGUUAAUCGUGGUAUCAUUAAA